CGCAGAAGUCUCGAACUUAUUCCACGGCCAACAAGUGCCUAGCACAUAACGGACAACGGAAUCACGGGUUAGUCAAAGUAGCCACUUUAAAGCCACAUAACUUUACGCCGUGGCAUCAAUCAUAAUCGGUCCCAGUUGGCGCAGGUAGUGACAGUGGUCAAACGGAAAGCGCGAAUUUUUCAAUCGAGUCACAAAAGUGGAAACGGAAAUCCGACGGUUUUGUUGUUUUGACUUAUAAAGCAAAAGUGAAAAAUUGUAUAGUUUUGUUUAGAACUUUUAAUACUUGUUAGGCGAAAAUGAUUGAAUGAGUUGGUGUGCCGCACAAAGUUUACCGCAAACUCGGUUUCUAAAGUUUCAACGUUUAUUUUUAGCCUUCAAAAGUUGUGUAUGAUUUUGAACGGUUGACAAGUGAAUUUGACAGCUUAACGAGAAGUUACCAUUUGUACGGGGAAUUUUCCGUAAACAUUGGGAUCAAGGUGAAAAUUUAAAAGGUCACAUUAAUACCAGCGAUCACCAAUAUGGGUCCGCUACUAGUCUUCUUCCUAUACAUGCUACAAUUGCAGGCGACAAUACGAAGCGAAAUUAUAGAAUCACCAAAUGAGCAACUAAACACUAUUUCCGACACAGAUGAUGCCGAUUUUAAUGAAAGUGAGUCCAACGAACGAACUGAGAAUCCACAAAGAUUACCUUUUAUACAAACUGGACGCAAUCCAACCGAAGUAGAGUUUCGUUAUCCCAUCGCAUCGUUGAAUAUUGACUACUCGAAGAAUUUGAUUAUUUUGAAAUUUCGUAAGUCUAAGGCUGACGAAGAGGAGGAGCUUCGUCGCAAAGCGUUUAAUGAGAAUUUCAUGCGCUUCGGACGUGCAAAUGCCGAUUUUAUGCGUUUCGGUCGUGAUGCAACAGAUUUCAUGCGCUUCGGACGCAGUCCAUCCGACUUUAUGCGCUUCGGCAAACGUACGCUCGAACAAGUGCCCAAAGUGAAUAGUCUCGAUCACGAUUAUACGGUUAACUAUGAUAAGAGCGCCGAUGCAGGCCGACGCAUUGAACGCAGUCAGGAGGGUAUACGCGAUUCACGCGGUGAUAAUUUCAUGCGCUUUGGUCGACCAGCCGAUGACUUUAUGCGUUUUGGACGUGCUUCGGGUGAUUUUAUGCGCUUCGGUAGAAAUCCUUCGGACUUCAUGCGUUUCGGACGAGGUGGUUCUAAUAAUGAUUUUAUGCGUUUCGGACGUAAUUCCAAAAAUGAUUUCAUGCGCUUCGGACGUACGCCAAAGGAACAACGUGGCAACAAUCAAGACUUCAUGCGUUUCGGUCGACCGGACAACUUUAUGCGCUUUGGUAGAAUACCAACGGCUACACCGAAUUUCAUGCGUUUCAGUAAACCAGAUCAGAAUUUCAUGCGUUUCGGCAAGAGUUUGGACCAGCAAGCACCUAACGAGAAUAGCACCAAACCACCACUACCCAGAGAGGUUAUCACAGAAGCCGCAAAAAUUCUACAUCAAGCCGAGCAAUAUGGCGGUAUAGGCGAAAGCAAUCCCAUGGACAGAGCCAUCAAAGUGCUGUUUAGCAAGGAUGACGAGCACGAAACCUCGGCACAAGAUGAGAAGAGCAUACAAAGUGAUGCCGAAGCGACCAAUGAAGACAACGACGCUGAUUACGAGCUGAAUGUGGUGUAAUGAGCGGGAUAUAACUAAUCUGACGAUCACAUGUAAAUAUUACUUCGCUUAAAAUGAUAAACUGGCUACGGAAACUCACACAGACACACAUUACCUAUACACAUGUAUAGUAAAAUAUAAUUUUGAUAUAAAAAAUAUAUAAAUUAUAUAUAUAUUAUAUAUAAAUACGCAUAUAUAGGGUGUUUUCCGCAUUCAAAAAUUCAAAAAAACUUAGUGUAUCUUAUUUGAAAAGUUUGGAAGUGAAUUUUUACUAGGGCUGGAAUAAAAGUUCACUUCCUGAGAGAGUUCCUUACUUUGUUUAAACAUAACAAAUGUGACCAUGCAACCCAGUAUACGAGUAAAUAUUUUAAUGUAAACUAUAUGAAUAUAUAUACUUUGAAAAUUUGUUUAAAUUAUAUAGGGAAAAUAAAAAUAUAUACAAACACUCAUAUAUAUAGGUAAGAAUAUGAAUCGAUAUAACUAUGUAAUAAAAAUAUAAAUAUAUUUUAGCUUCACAUACAUAUGCACUUAUGAAGAAAUUAUACAAAAUUUUAAAUGGUUUUGAGAAGGUAAAUGAAAAUCUAAAUAAAACGAAGACUUCAAAAGCAACAAAAUGAGAAAAACACGCA